AUAAAUAAUACAUUUGGACAUUAAAAGCAAUAUAUAGUUUAAAAAUAUUAACUUGAGAUAAUGUAAGUCAGUAAAACUGUGAGUGUCAACAAUAAAGUAACAGCUGUCAGCAGCCGCUACUCACUCUCUCAAUAGUAAAUAUUCAUCAUGGAAGAAGUUCUAGACCAGCUUCUUCAUGAAGUAUCAUGUAGUAAACAUGCUCAGAUCCACCAGGCCUGCACUGAAGCUCGUGAUUUGUUGGAAAAUCAGGCUGGGUUAUUGGGCUCACCUCCUCAUGAGUUACGAGCUUUGUGUUUAAGGGCACUACAAUUAGCCCUGGAAACUCGUCAGUCUAAGAUGGUAGCUUUAGCUGUGUCUGGAUUUUUUAAGGUAAACCAUAUUAAUUAACUGAUUCGUGUAUGGUAAUUAAUUACGUCUUGAAUAAAGUAUUCAUUCCCAAAUGAAGGCAGUACAGUACAUGUGUAUCCACCUAUUUGUACUUGCUCAUUGUGUGU